AUGACGUCAGCACCCGGUGCUAACACAUAUCGAGUUGGUGGUGAGUUUUUAAGCGGGAAAAUUCGGGUGAAAUUGAAGAAAAAAUCGGAUUUUUUACUGAAAUUUCAAGAUUUUAAUAAAAAAUCCAGUUUUUCGCGUAUAAAUUUGCCACGUGGCAGGUGUUUUAGCUGAAAAUUGCCACGUGUAAGCUGUUGUAGCCUAAAAUCUGGAUAUUUUUGCUGAAAAUCCAGGAAAUUUGGCUGAAAAUUGAGUUUUUGACUGAAAUUUUAAGAUUUUCAUGAAAAAUCCAGUUUUUCGCGUGUAAAUUUGCCACGUGGCAGGUGUUUUAGCUGAAAAUCUUGAAUUUCAGCUGAAAAUUGCCACGUGGCAGCUGAAAAUUUGUGAUUUUUGCUGAAAAUUGGGUUUUUGACUGAAAUUUCAAGGUUUUCAUGAAAAAUUCAGUUUUUCGGGUGCAAAUUUGCCACGUGGCAGCUGAUAAUCAUAGUUUUAGCUGGAAAUCCUCUGUUUUGAGCUGAAAAUCUGGAAUUCACAUUAUAAUCUGGUUUUUGAGCUGAAAAUCUGGAAUUUUCAGCCAAAAAUCCAGUUUUUCAGCCAAAAAUUCUGAAAAAAUCGAUUUUUUUUUGCAGAUUUCGUCUAUUUCGAUGAUCCAACAAUGCCGGAUGCUCCGUAUCAAAUUCGAAAAAUCGACGAGAUCAAUAAGGUGGGAUUUUGGCUGAAAAUCUCGAUUUUUUCAUGGAAAAUCGCGUUUUUCGUCAAUUUUCAGCCAAAAAUCACUGAAAAUCCCCAAAAUUUCAGACAAAAGACAAAGUCGAAGCUCGUGUCGUGUCAUUUAUGCGUCGGCGUGAUGUUCCGGAAAAUUUGCUGAAAAUCGCCGAUCAAGCACAACGCAGAUUUGAUAAUUGUGAGGUUUUGGGCUGAAAAUUCGAGAAAUUCGUGAAAAACUACGACGCUCCGCGUUUACGCGGUCAUUUUUCAUGCAAAAUGACCCCGGAAACACGGAGUAUCGUUUACACGGUGAAAAAUGGUGGAAAACGUGGGAUUUUUGCAAUUCAAACGAUACUCCGCGUUUACACCGUGAAAAAUGGUGGAAAGCAUGGAUUUUUCGAAAAUUUCAAACGAUACUUCGCGUUUACGCGGUUGUUUUCAGUGAUUUUUCAUGCAAAAUGACCCUGUAACCUCUGGAGUAUCGUUUGAAAUGCGAAAAAAACUACGAUACUCCGCGUUUACACCGUGUAAAAUGGUGGGAAACGCGGGUUUUUCGAAAAUUUCAAACGAUACUCCGCGUUUACAGACUACGAGGUGGACAAGAAGAAGCCGGAAAACUACAACGCACGCGGAUUCAUCGUAGCUGCUGCCGGCGCGGAAAACGGUGCGGAAAACGAUGCGGAAGUGAAGAAAGAGGAGGCGGAAGACGACGCGGAAAAGCCGGAAUCACCGAGCGGAACAACAACACAAAUCGAUUGGGGAAACGGCGGUUUGCCGUUGGGCGCGGAAACGUUGAGCGAUGCGGAACGUCUCAAGUUGCGGCAACACGAGGUGUUCUUGUCGCGGCAAUCCACAAUUAUGCCAGCGCAUCAGAUACGCGGAAAAUGCCACGUGGCAUUGUUGGGAGAGGUCGAGGAUUGCUCAGGUUAUUUGGCCGCGGACGACACGUUUUUCUACUCGUUGGUCUAUGAUCCGGUGAAUCAGACGUUGUUGGCGGAUAAGGGAGCGAUCCGCGUGGGGGAGAAAUAUCAGGCGGUGAUGGAUGCGGAAGACGAUGCGGAAGCGGAAGCGGAUGCGGAAGGAGUGAAGAAGGAGGAGAAAAUGGAGAUGGAUGAGGAGGAGGAAGAGGAGAAUGGGUAAGGGGUUUGGGGGCCGAAUGGGCCUGGUUUUAGGCUCGAAAUAGGCCUGAAAAAAGCCUGGGAAAUUUGGAGCAUUUUAAGUCCAAACAAGCCUAUUUUCAGCUAGACUUUGCAGCCUGGAAAAGCCUGUAAAAAAUCCACGUAUUUUGAGCCCCCACAAGUCUAGUUUCAGGCCUAAAAUUGGGCCUUUAUUAGGUCCAGGAAAGCCUAGAAAAUCCAGGUUUUUUGAGACCAAAUGGGCCUGGUUUAAGGCUUCAACUAGGCCUGAAAUAAGCCAGGAAAAUUUGGAGCAUUUUGAGCCCAAACAAGCCUAGUUUCAGGCCUGAAAUAGCUUCUUGUUUUUGGGUCUAGAAAAGCCCAGAAAAAUCCACGUUUUUUGACACCGAAUAGGCCUGGUUUUGGGCUUGACAUGGGUCUAGUUUCAGGCUCAAAAUAGGCCUUGCUUCGGUCCUAAAAAGAGCCUGAAAAGGUUGUUUUUUGCCUUGAAGUAGGCCUAUUCUCAGCCUGUAAAAAGCCUGGAAAAUUCGUAGUAUUUUGAGUCUAAAUGGGCCUAGUUUUAGGCUCGAAAGAGCCUAAAAAGCCUAGAAAAUCCAGGUUUUUUGACACUGAAUAGGCCUAGUUUUAGGCUUGUAGUAGGCCUAACCUUAGGCCCGAACAGGCCUAGAUUAAGGCCCGAAACCCUACCGUAUUUGGUCUCAAAAAUCUCAAAUCAUACAUCAGUUUCUUCCGGCCAGGGCCUCAAAAUUAGCCACCCCCGAAAUGUGAAAAUUCAAAAAUUAGCCACAUCCCCUCAAAAAAUAGAGAGAAAAACUUGGUUUUUGGGGUAUUAAUUGUUAUUUUUCAAAAAGUUAGCCGGUCCCCACCCCUUUUUACCAAAGUUAGCCAGACCCCCUCCGGACGAAAAUCCGGGGAUACUGAUGUAUGUCUCAAAUUUUCAGCCUAAAAAUCGAUGAAGAAUCCGCCGAACCGGCUGCCACAAAAUUGACAACAAAAAUCACUGAGGAAAUCGAUCGAGAUGUUCAAGUCUAUCAUCCAUAUCAUGAGCUCAGCGAACGCGAAAUUGAUCAAUUUUUGAUUAUUGCCAGGUGAGUUGAAAAUUUUGCGAUUUUUCAUUGGAAAAAUGAGAAAAUUUGGGGCAUUUUGAUCCUGGAAACUUGGAAAAUCAAGAAAAUUGAAAAUAUAGGCUUUUUAGGCCGAUUUUAGGCUCAUUUUUAGCCUGGAAUUUGCCUAGGAUUUGGCCUAAUUCUGGCCUAUGUUAAGCCUAAUUCCAGCCUGAAUAUAAGCCUAGAACUUAGCCCAAAACAUGGCCUAUUUCAAGCCUAGAAUUAGGUCCUUGACCAAGCCUAGAAAUAGCCUAAGACAUAGUCUUUUUCAGGCUGAUGUUAGGCUUUUUUACAAGCCUAGAAUCAGCCUAGAAUUUGGCCUAACUCCAGGCCAAAAAUAAGCCUAGAACUUAGCCCAAAACAUGGCCUAUUUCAAGCCUAGAAAUAGGCCUGGAUGAAAGUCUGAAGCAAGCCUAGAAAUAGCCUAAAACAUAGUCUUUUUCAGGCUGAUGUUAGGCUUAUUUACAAGCCUAGAAUCAGCCUAGAAUUUAGCCUAACUCCAGGCCAAAAAUAAGCCUAAAACUUAGCUUAACUCAAGUCUUAAAAUAAGCCUAUUUUAGGCCUAGAAUCUGGCCUAACCCCAGGCUAAAAAUAAGCCUAACUCCAGCCUAACUCCAGCCUGACUCAAGCCUAGAUUUAGCCUAACUUAUGGCCUCAACCAAGCCUAGAAUUAGCCUAGAACUUGGCCUUACUCAAGCCCUAAAAGUGGGCCUAACUCAGGCUCAUCUCAAGCCUAGAACGGCCUGAAAAGCCACUCCCAACCUCAUUUUCUUUUAGAGCCGUCGGCACUUUUGCUCGCGCCAUCGAUUCCUCCGCCGCCACCAAAAUCCCCACUCUCCACAUGGCCGCCGCUUGUGCCUCUCGUGACGUCACCAUUCUACACGCCAUGUCACUUUUACACCACGCAAAUUAUGACGUGGGAAAAGCUGUCAAAUUCCUCGUUCCCACUGCCAACAAACAACAUUAUCCACUUGAAACUGAUAAAGCAACGGGAAAUCAUACGCAGACGCUGGGUGGACCACUUUUGUGUAGAGAUCAAAUGGAGGAAUGGUCGGUUCCUGAAGCGAAUUUGUUUGAUGAGGCGUUGGAGAAGUGUGGAAAGGAUUUUAAUGACAUUCGCGCGGAUUUUGUGAGUUUUUUGAGGGGAAAUUUGAGAAAUUUGGGGAAAAAUGAGCCCCAGGAGCAUUUUUAACGUUAAAAAUCCUCUCUGGGGUCAUUUUUGAGCACAGUAACGUUAAAUUGGCAAAAAUGAGCCCUAGGAGCAUUUUUAACGUUAAGAAUCCUCUCUGGGGUCAUUUUCUGAGCCCAGAAGCGUUAAAAUUUGAAAGAAAUUGAUCCAAAAAUCUUCCUGAACCUAAAAAUUGAGCUCUAGGAGCAUUUUUACCGUAAAAAAUGCUCUCUGGGGUCAUUUUUGAGCCCAGGAACGUUAGAUUUGGGAAAAAUGAGCCCCAGGAGCCCCAGGAGCAUUUUUAACGUUAAAAAUCCUCUCUGGGCUCAUUUUUGAGCCCAGGAACGUUGAAAUGGGCAAAAAUGAGCCCUAGGAGCAUUUUUCUUAUCAAAAAUGCUCCCGGUGCUGAUUUUUCGGCGCUGAAAAUCAUGAUAUUGCUCAUUUUAAGCAAUUCCACCAUUUUCAGCACGAAAUUUCGAUCUAGAAGUGUUGAUUUUCCGAGUCAGAAGGUCGCUGGAUCGAUUCCUCAUACUCCCUAAUUAAAAAAAAAUUUUUUUUUAAAUUUUUUGGUUUCUGAUCAAUUUUUCAUGAGGAAAAUGAUGGGAUUGCUCAUGUUAACCAAAAAUUUACGAAAAGCUUGAAAUUUCAAGCUUCAUAGUCAAAAAUUUAUGAAAAUUUCGAAUUUCACACUAAAAAAUCGCCUAGACUCGAUUUCAGCGUAUUUUUUGUGCUGAAAUUGAUGGAAUUGCUCAUGUUAAGCAAAAAUUCACAAAAAAUCAUGAAAAUCUUGAAAUUUCAAGCUUCCUAGUCAAAAAUUUAUGAAAUUUUCAAUUUUCCCACUCAAAAAAUCGCCCAGACUUACCCUAACUCCAUAAAUUUUGUUACAGCUUCCCUGGAAAUCAAUGCGUGACAUUGUCGAAUACUAUUAUCAAUUCAAAGCCUCAAAUCGAUAUACAGAGAGAAAAAAGGCGAAACAAGCGGAAGCUGAUACAAAAUUGAAGCAAGUUUAUAUUCCGAGUUAUAAUAAGACAACUUCAGCAGUUAUCGGAACUUUUAACAUGACACAAACCCAGCAAAAAUCACCAAUUCCUUGUGAAAAUUGUCAAAUUGAUGAAAGUCAAAAUUGGUAUAGCUGGGGUGGAAAAUCGGAUAUCAGAUUGUGUCAAAAUUGUUGGUUCAAGUGGAAAAAAUCGGGAGGUUUAUCCAAAAAACACGAAUUGGAGCGGUUUGAUAAGGAUAAACCGCCGGUUUUGGCCCCCGCAGCCCCGCAGGUCCAGAAUGGGGCCGCCGCUAAGCUCCCGCAAGCCCAACAGGCUUCCCGGGCCCCGGUCAUUAACAAUCAGGCCCUUUUGGUGGCUGCCAAGCAGGCUUAUGCGAAGGGGACGAUUACGAAGGCGCAAUUGUGUCAACUGCAGGCUAGUCUUGGUGGAGCUGGGAGUUUGAGUGGAAUUGGUGGAGCUGUGGGUGGGCAGGGAAUUUCGACGCCGGUUGUUGUGGCCAAGGUGAGUAAUUUGGUAGAUUUUGACCCGGGAAAUGUGAAUUUUGAUGGAAAAUGAGCCAUGGGAGCUUUUUUAGCGUUAAAAAUGGCUUCUAGGGUCAUUUUUGACCCCAGAAACGUUAAAAUUGAGAAAAUUUGAGCUAAAAAUCUUCCUGAACCUAGAAAUUGAGCUCUUGAGGUGAAAUUUGAGCCCCAGGAGCAUUUUUUACCGUCUAAAAUGCUCCCGGGAGUCAAUUUUGACCCCAGAAGCGUUAAAAUUGAGAAAAUUUGAGCUAAAAAUCUUCCUGAACCUAGAAAUUGAGCUCUUGAGCAUUUUAUGGUGAAAUUUGAGCCCCAGGAGCAUUACUAACGUUAAAAAUUGUCCAGGGAGUCAUUUUUGAGCCCAGGAACGUUAAAAUCAUAAAAAAUGACCCUUAGGAGCAUUUCUAACGUUAAAAAUUGUCCAGGGAGUCAUUUUUGAGCCCAGGAACGUUAAAAUCAUAAAAAAUAACCUCCUGGACGAUUUUUAGCGUUAAAAAUUGUCCCCGGGGUAAUUUUCAGUGAUUUUUACGUUUAAAUCGUGAAAAAUGAGCCCAGGGAACAUUUUUAACGUGAAAAAUGGCUUCAGGGGUCAUUUUUCACCCCAGGAACGUUAAAAUUGUGAAAAAUGAGCUCUGGGAGCAUUUUUAGCGUGAAAAAUGGUUCAGGGGUCAUUUUUCACCCCAGGAACGUUAAAAUCAUGAAAAAUGAGCCCCAGGAGCUUUUUUAGCGUUAAAAAUGGCUCAUAGGGGUCAUUUUCUGUGAUUUUCACGUUAAAACUAUGAAAAAUGAGCCCUGGGAGCAUUUUCAGCGUGAAAAAUGGUUCCUAGGGUCAUUUUUGAGCUCUGGUACCGUUCUUGGGCUCAAAAUGAGCCCGGAAAGCUCUGGGAGCAUUUUUAGCGUGAAAAAUGAGCCCGGAGCCCUAAAAAGGCCCCUAAAGCCCAAUUUUUUUCAGCCAGCCAGCAAACCGAAUAUUGUAUAUUACACAACAAUUUGUCGACGUGUCAUUCGUCGAAUUUUGCCAAAAACCGCUUUGAAUUCCAGAAAAUUGGCGCGAAAACCAUUUUCGACCGUAGAUCAUGAAGCAAUUAUGAAAAAUAGUGAGUUUUUUUUCGGGUUACUGUAGAUUUUGGCGCGAAAAUUCACGUUUUUUGACACUAAACAUGACUAUGGUUACUGUAGGUACCAAAAAAAAAUUCAAAUUUUGUUUCCAGUGACUCUAACCGAUCGCUCGACACUUAUCCAAACUGCAAAACAAUUGGCUGGCGAAAAAUAUUUCCACAAAAUUCAGGAAUCCGAAUUCAACAAGGGAAUUGUGUAUUUACAACACGUGAGUUCAUUUUUUCAUCUUCUGGAAUUACUGUAGCUUUUUUGGCGCGAAAAUUUGACGCAUUUUGACACCAAACAUGCCUAGAGAGUUGCAGUCAGAAGGUCGGGGGAUCGAGCCCCGGUACCUCCUAACAUUUUUUUUUCCCAAAUUUCUCAUUUCUGAUCAAUUUUUCGCACUGAAAAUCGUGGAAUUGCUCACUUUGAGCAAUUUCUUCAUUUUCAGCAUGAAAUUUUGAUUUUUCGAGUCAGAAGGUCGGGGGAUCGAGCCCCGGUACCUCCUAACAUUUUUUUUCCAAAUUUCUCAUUUCUGAUCAAUUUUUCACGCUGAAAAUUGUGGUAUUGCUCAUUUUAAGCAAUUUCUUCAUUUUCAGCACGAAAUUUUGACCCGGAAACCUGGAUUUUUCUAGUCAGAAGGUCCUGGAUCGAGCCCCGGUACCUCCUAACAUUUUUUUCCAAAUUUCUCAUUUCUGAUCAAUUCUUUACGCUGAAAAUUGUGGGAUUGCUCAUUUUAAGCGAUUUCUACGAUUUUCUGCACGAAAUUUUGACCCGGAAACCUGGAUUUUUCUAGUCAGAAGGUCCUGGAUCGAGCCCCGGUACCUCCUAACAUUUUUUUUCCAAAUUUCUCAUUUCUGAUCAAUUCUUUACGCUGAAAAUUGUGGGAUUGCUCAUUUUAAGCGAUUUCUACGAUUUUCUGCACGAAAUUUUGACCCGGAAACCUGGAUUUUUCUAGUCAGAAGGUCACAGGUUCGAGCCCCGGUACCUCCUAACAUUUUUUUCUAAAUUUCUCGUUUCUGAUCAAUUUUUCACGCUGAAAAUCAUGGGAUUGCUCAUUUUAAGCAAUUCCAUCAUUUUCAGCACGAAAUUUUGACCCGGAAUCCUGGAUUUUUCUAGUCAGAAGGUCCUGGAUCGUGCCCCGGUACCUCCUAACAUUUUUUUUUCAAAUUUCUCAUUUCUGAUCAGUUUUUCACGCUGAAAAUCAUGGUAUUGCUCAUUUUAAGCAAUUUUUCCAAUUUUUCAGACAAUCAGCGCGGCUGCCGCAUCCGGAAAGCGUCCGGCAAGUCAAAUUUCAUCGGCCGGAGAACCGGCUCCAAAAUUGCAAAAAGUGAGUUUUUUUGCAGUUUUUUUGCAGUUCUACAGUAACCCAGAGUGUUUUUUUUUGCUGAGAAACAAAAUCCAAAAAUUUUUGACGUGAUCUACAGUAACCCGCCCAGUGAGUGCUCUGUUUUCUCUAAUCUCUCGCUGUUUUCUCUGCCGUGUCUCUCUCUGCGUCUCUCACCUUCUCUAUACUCUCUAUCUAUCUCUCUAGACGUCUGGCUCUUCCUCCCAAAAAGGUCUCGAAGCGAUCGGAAAUCGCCUAAUAUCGAUUCGACCCGACACAAAAUGGGUGGAUGUGAAACAACACGGUGUGCGAUUUGUGACAGGCAGGAGGUUGAAGUAAGAUGAGCAAUGCUGGGUUACUGUAGUUUUUGGCGCCAGAAAAUUUGCGUCAUUUUGAGACCGAAUAUGACUGGGUUACUGUAGAAAAUUUUGUAGAUCAAAAAUGUUCGUUUUUUCGAGGCAGAAAAUCACUGGGUUACUGUAGAUCUCCGGAUUACUGUAGAAAAUUUUGUAGAUCAAAAAUGUUUGUUUUCAUUGAGCCAGAAAAUCACCGGGUUACUGUAGAUCACCGGGUUACUGUAGAACAUUUUGUAGAUCAAAAAUGUUCGUUUUUAUUAACUCAGAAAAUCACCGGGUUACUGUAGGUCUAUGGGUUACUGUAGAAGAUCAAAAAUGUGCAUUUUUCGAGGCAGAAAGUCACUGGGUUACUGUAGAUCUCUGGAUUACUGUAGAGAAAUUUUGUAGAUCAGAAAUGUUUCUUUUUUCGAACCAGAAAAUCACUGGGUUACUGUAGUAGAUCAAAAAUGUUCGUUUUUUCGAGCCAGAAAACUCACUGGGUUACUGUAGAUCUCUAAAUUUCACUAAAAAUCUGAAAUAAUUCAAAAUUUCAAGUUUUUUAUACUGUAGAUUACUGUAGAUUAAAAUUAAGCGCGAAAUUUGAAAAAUUUUCAAAUUUUUACAAAAAACGUUCAAAUUUUCGCGCCGAGACCCAAAAAUUCAAAUUUUUUUUGCAGAAUUGA